AUCAACAUCAUCAAAAUCCCCAUCAAAAACCACUAGCACCGCCAAAAUGAGCGUCCCCCAGGCUGUCCAGGCCCCUCUAACAAAGGCCGCGACCUUCCUCGUCCUCACCAUCAAUCCCUCCCCCUCCGCCAUCAACACCAUCCGCUCCGCCCUCUCCAGCAUCGCCGACCUCUCCAAGAACGUCUCCCUCCGCGACCUCAACUCGCAAUUCUCCUGCACCGUCGGCAUCGGCUCCGACGCCUGGGACGCCCUCACUGCCGGCACCGGCCUGCACCGCCCGAAAGAGCUGCACCCCUUCCGCCAGAUCGCCGGCGCCCGCCACACCGCCGUGUCCACGCCCGGCGACCUGCUCUUCCACAUCCGCGCCGACCGCCGCGACAUCUGCUUCGAGUUUGAGCGCCAGCUGCUGCUCAAGCUCGGCGACGCCGCCGCCGUCGUCGACGACACCCAGGGCUUCCGCUACUUCGACGCCCGCGACCUGCUGGGCUUCGUCGACGGUACGGCAAACCCCAUCGGCCCCGACGUGCCGCCCGCCGUGCUCAUCGCCGACGAGGACUCGGACUGCGCCGGCGGCAGCUACGUCGUCGUGCAAAAGUACGUCCACGACAUGGCCGGCUGGACCGGCCUGUCGACGGAGGCCCAGGAGGCCAUCAUCGGCCGCACCAAGAUGGACAACAUGGAGCUCGACGACCAGCCCGACGGCCACCAGCAGGCGCACAAGACGCUGGCCACCAUUGAGGACGAGGCGGGCAACGAGCACAGCAUCAUGCGCGACAACAUGCCCUUUGGCUCUCCCGGGUCCGGCGUCUUCGGCACCUACUUCAUCGGCUACUCGCGCCGCCUGUGGGUGAUUGAGAAGAUGCUGGAGCGCAUGUUUGUCGGCGAUCCUCCCGGCAAACACGACCGCAUCCUUGACUUUUCCACGCCUCUGACGGGAACCACCUUUUAUGCGCCGCCGGCUUGGGUAUUGGACCAGCUCGGUUCCGACUGAAGCUUGUUGACAAUCUCAUGAUAAAUCAUUAGGCAGUUAGUAUCAAGAAGUUAGAUGGCAUGUACUUCAAAAGUAAAUGCAUGUGUAUAUACUUACGUCAACUAUAUUCAUCGAUCAACAUGGUCGCGGUAAAUUAAGUGACAUUAUCUACGAGUCGCUCU